CGUAUGCAAGAGCGCGGGGGCCGGUGGUGUGUCGGCGGGCUGGGCUGACGUCCCGGCGUGCAUUGCGCGGAGAGGCGGGGCCGUGGUAGCUGUGGUGACUCCUGUCCCAAGCUGAAACACUGGUGUCAUCAUGAUUUUGAACCAGAUUUUGCGUCUCUCGUCCAUUUUUCGCUCCGCUGUCGCCAUUCACUUGCGCAGAAACAUAGGGCUUUCUGCUGUCGUCUUUAAUAAGGCAAAAGAGCUCGAUCCAGUUCAGAAGCUCUUCUUGGACAAGAUCAGAGAAUACAACACAAAGAGCAAGCAGUCUGGAGGGCCUGUUGAUGCAGGCCCUGAAUUUCAGAAGGAAAUGAAUGAAUCCCUUGCUAGACUUCAACGGGCAUAUGGUGGGGGAGAUCUAACCAAGUUUCCAGAAUUUAAAUUUGAGGAGCCCAACUUCGAGGAUACUCCAAAGUGAUCUCUGCAGGUUGCACGCCAAACAGCAGCAUACAUCGGUGGAGUUGCUGAACAUGGCAAUAGUUGUAACUUAAUAAAUGCAGUGUUGCAGUUCGA